AUGUCAUCUACAGAUACACCAAAAAUAAAUGAAACAAAAGAUGAUAAAACGAAUACGGCGAUAACACCACAAUCGAAAAUACCCACAUUACCCACACCAGACCAUAAUACAAAUUUUAAAGCCCAAACAAUACAACCUUCAAAUACAAUACCACCUUCAAAUACAAUACCACCACAACCAUAUCAUGUAUCGACAAAUAUACCUACAUAUAAUGCGAAUCCACCAACCAAAAGACCACUAGAGCAAACACCAAAUACUAUAAAUAGUAAUAAUAAUAAUAAUAAUAAUAGCGGUAGUAAUAAAAAAUUUAAAAAAAGAAAACCUGGGCCAUUAUCAAUUGCAGAAGAAGAUUUCAUAGCAAAUGCAUUCAGAAAUGUUCCUGACCCACAAUUAAGUGCAGAGCUAAGGCGUAUGAAAAGAAAAUUUAUUGUUAGAAAGCAGCAGAGAUACUGUUCAAUUGAAAAUUUUGAUAUAGAUACCAGAACACAAGAAGUUUUAACAGCCUUUAAGAAAAAGAAUCAAAAAGUGUCAAAUUAUUAUGAAAAAGAAGAAAUACCUCCAUUUCCAAAUUUAAAACACAAUUUAAUGACUGCUGUAACGAUAUCAGGAUCCCCUACUACCACCAAUACCACUGCAACCAAUGUAAAUAAUAUCAAUUUUCAACCAGAGCUAAAAGAGGAGCACGAACAAGAGAAACUACAGAAAGAAAGAGAGUUACUAUUGCAAAAGGAACAAAAAGAAAAAGAAGAAAAAGAACGUUUAGAAAAAGAAAGAUUAGAGAAGGAAAGAGAACAAAAGGAAAAAGAAAAAAAGAAAAAGGAAAGAAAAGAAAGAAAGGAACGUGAAAGAUUGGAGAAAGAACGUCUAGAAAAAGAAAGAGAACAAAAAGAAAAAGAAGAGAAAGAAAAGAAACGAAAAGAAAGAAAAGAAAAAAGAGAAAAAGAGAAAUUAGAAAAAGAUGCAAUCGAAAAAGAGAGGUUAGAAAAAGAAAAGCUGGAGCAAGAGAGGCUAGAAAAAGAAAAACUGGAGCAAGAGAGGCUGGACCGAGAGCGUUUAGAAAAGGAAGCAUUGGACCGAGAGAGGCUUGAAAGAGAGAAACUAGAAAAAGAAAACUUUGAAAGGCUUGAACGAGAAAGGCUUGACCGAGAAAGAAAAGAAAAAGAAAGAAAAUUCAAAUUGAGACAAGAAAGAAUAAGACUCGAAAAACUAAAACAAGAAAAGCUUGAAAAAGAAAAAGAAAUUUUAGAAAAAUUAAAACAGGAAUCAAAUCCACAGACAGCACUAUUUAAAUUUUAUCACUGGGCAAAAAGUUCAAGGAAACAACAACAGCACCACUUUAAAAAGCCAUUCCAACCUUUAUCCGAACUGCUAUAUGGAAAAAGACUGCAAUUGGAACCAUAUGUAAGUCCACAUACAACAAGAGAGCUCAAACCAUACAUUAGAAGAGAUUAUGAAACCAAUCCACCAAAGCUACAGCAACUAAGAGAACUCCACCAAUUUUUUAAAAUUAAUGGUUUAGCACCAGUUCAAACCUCACCAACAAUUACAUCUUUAGCAGAGUGUCAAGAAAUUUACCCAAUUGAUUAUAAAUAUUUAACACCUGAACUAGCAAAUAGAACUAAUCAAUUUUUAUCUGAUCAUUUUUGGCCUGGA